AUGGACUCGGCGUUGGCGGCUCGGGCUCGGCUCGGUGUUUGGGGCAUGAGGGUCCUGCAGUCCCGAAGCUUUGGCUCGAACUCGUCGGACAGCAUGGACCUUGGCGCUGGCUCCAUCCGAGAAGCCGGUGUGGCCUUCGGAAAGAGGGAGAAGGCUGAAGAGGAUCGAUACUUCCGAGAGAAGACUAGAGAGCUGCUGGCUGCCCUGAAGAAACAUCACGAAGAUGAGAUCAAGCACCACAUGGAAGAGAUUGAGCGUCUGCAUAAGAAGCAGCUAAAAAAACUAAAGGAUAAC